AUGGCGAACCCUUUUCUGAUGGAGGAUGAGCCAAUGCCAGGCAGUGAGCCGGUCUCGAAUCCUUUCCUGUUCGGUGGUGACGAUGAUGAUGCGCAAGACGACGGAGGUACUGCGGCGGGGGUGGAUGACAAUCCAUUCUUGGCGCAGGUCGGUAAUCCAUUUGCGGACUUUGGCGGUGAGGCAGACGAACCGGCUGCUGCUGCGGCAGUGGCUCCUCCGGCUAUGAAUGAUCUGUUUGGCACUGCGGGAUACAACGCGGUGGUAGUGACAACCGGUGCCGAAAUUUUCGGAGUAACUGACUCUAUUAUGGCACAGAGUGGUGGUGCCCCCUACCAGCAAACUAACAACAACUUCUUCGACACCACAAUCAACGAAGAUGAUGAUCUGAUAAUUCCGAAACCGACGCAUCUACAGUUAGGUCCCCACACCAACACCAACCUGAUGGAUGAUGCGAUGAUCAACGCGUAUUCCAGUGAAGAUGAGUUGAAAGCUGCCAAAGAUAACAGCAACAAGAUGGCUCCUCCGAGACCGAUCCCGCCAUCGCAGGCAACGCAGCAGUUGAUUAGUUCGAUUGCCGACCAGCUCGAUCAGACUAGUACGAAUUUACUUCGUCAGAUCCCGGCUACCAGAACGCCCAGCCCGGUGUCUAUGAGAGAUCUGCAUUCUCCCAGUCCAACACCCGACUUUGGCGAUCUGUUAUCCGUCGGAGACCAGCCACAACCAACGCAGGAUCCAGACCUCUUCGGCACUGGUAUGCCACAGAAUGCCAAUGAUAAUCCAUUCGCGGAACCCGCAGUUCCAACGAUUGCCGCCGCUGCCGCCACCGUUCCAGCCAAACCCGAAGUUCAAAAGCCUCCGCGUCCAAGACCACCUCCACCGCGUCCAGCUCCUCCGAGAAGUUCGUUAGCAUCAUCACCAGUUACGGCAUCUGUUCCCAGUGUGCCACAUAUGCCACCAGCUCCAGCUCAGCCACAACAGGAAGCGGAUCUUUUCGAUCUCUUCGGUACUACUCCCACUGCUGCCAAGGCAGCUCCUCCGAAACCUCCUGCCCCGAAAACUAAGGAAGAUAUUAUGUCUCUGUUCUCCACGCCGGCGGCCCCGGCUGCUACUUCCGCUCAGGAACCUAAGCAGACUGAUCUGCUGAGCGGCGAUUUCGAUGACAUUUUCGGUGGAGGUUGUCCGGAACCCACGGGUACUGAAUCAUUCAUUCCAAAUUUAACCGAGAACUUGGUGCAAGCUCAAAUUCCUCCAACCGAAACCGUUGUGGCAGCUCCCGAACAGCAACCGGUGCCAGCACCGGUAAUCAUCAAGGAGACUAUUCCAGAACCGGAACCUGUGCCAGUGAUUCCAGUCGUCGAACAGCCCGUUAUGGAGCCAUCCCCGGAGAUUGUCCUGGAAGCACCUCCAGAACCCGACGAAGUUAUAAUACGAUCCGAGGCCUCUUCAGACUACAGCCCGACUGGGUCGAAUGUAACAUCCGGUAACAUUCCUAGUUCCGUAUCGGGCAGUACUGUCAACAUUGCCGCCGAGGAAAGACCCGACGAACAAUACUCGAUGGACACUGAAAUGGUAGUUGAACAUGUUCCAGCUCCAACCCCCGUUGAGAUACCAGUAUCAAUGGAGUACAAUCACGUCGAUGCGGCACCUCCAGCAGUGUCCAGUCAACUAUUUUACGCGGAACCGGUCGCUGUGACCGAAACGAUCAACCCGUUUGCGAUGCCGGUAGAUGAAAGCGAUCCUUACGCGGCGUCCAUUGCGGAACCGGUGGCCAAUGAAUUAUUCGGAAACUCGGCCAACAACAAUACAAUAGCACCGACGGAACCACUCUAUAGCUUCACCCAAGAACCGGAUGCGUUCGAUUCGUUCGCUGCCAAGUUCGAGGGAACGCAGAACAAGGUCGGGAACAUUUUCCUCGAAGGUGAUCUUGGAAAUGGUACCGCGGAGGAUGCCUUCGGUGCCGUCGAUGCCUGGGGAACGAGCGAUGUGUCCGGUGGUGGAUUCGACGGUGGUGACGGUUUCGGUAAUGAGGAUGGUUUCGGGGAUCCUUUCCUAUCGAUGGAAGGGCCUACGGCCCCGGAGGGAACUCCAUUCGCUCGAUCACACUCGCGGGAUUCGGACGAAGGAAAUCAUUUCAGCGUGGUUAUUCGACCGAAGGAAGGUUUGGAUGUGGGACUGGCCCCUGCCUUGGCUCCACCACCGAGAAGUCCUCAAACUGCUUCGAUUUAUUCGGGAGAUUCUUCGCCGCGGGUAAAUCCUUUCGACAAGGGGGAUGAUGGGGAAGCUACCUUGGCUGCGCUUCCUGAUUCAACUCCACAGCUACAGCGCACUGAUUCACAGGAGACACCUCCUACGCCACUAUUCGACGACGAUGUUUCCCAACCGCUUGAGGACUUCCCCCGUAUCGUGUAUUCCGGCGAAGGCUGGGAGAUGCAGCUGCGGCAACCGAACAAGAAAAAGAUCACCGGACAACGAUUCUGGAAGAAGAUCUACGUUCGACUGGUUACCCAGGGUGACAGUCCGGUGCUUCAGCUGUUUAACGCUGCAACCGAUAAGGAUCCCUUCCAGGAGCUUCCAUUGCAGGCAUGCUACUCGGUGUCGGAGAUUGGAGCACAGCAAUACGACAAUUUUGGUAAGAAUUUCACCAUCAAGUUGCAGUACGUGUUCUACAAGGAGCGACCGGGUGUCAGACCCGGUCAGGUAACCAAAGCGGAACGGUUGACGAACAAGCUGAGUCAGUUUGCGGCAUAUGCGAUUCAGGGUGAUUAUCAGGGGGUGAAGGAGCUGGGCAGUGAUCUGAAAAAGCUGGGUCUACCGGUUGAACAUGCUCCGCAGAUAUCGCAGCUGUUCAAGCUAGGUUCGAUGAACUACGAGGAUAUGAAACAGUUUUCCGUGUGCAUCGAGGAAGCGCUGUUCAAGAUGAACGUGCACCGUGAUCGUGCGUUGACGUACAAAAUGGAGGAGGUGCAGGUGACUGCCGUCGAUGAACUGUACGUGGAGCAAGAUGCCGAGGGACACGUCGAUAAACAGAUUGCUCGGGUACGGUUGUUCUUUUUAGCGUUUCUCUCCGGAAUGCCCGAUAUUGAACUGGGAGUCAACGAUUUGUGGCGGCAGGGUAAGGAAGUUGUCGGACGACAUGAUAUUAUUCCGGUUGUAACGGAAGAGUGGAUUCGGUUGGAAGGCGUCGAGUUCCAUGGCUGUGUACAGCAGGACGUGUACGAGCGGUGUCGCACGAUCAAGUUUAAACCACCUGACGCCUGCUACAUAGAACUGAUGCGAUUCCGGGUACGACCGCCGAAGAAUCGCGAGCUUCCACUACAGCUCAAGGCGACCUGGUGUGUCACUGGGAAUAAGGUCGAACUGCGGGCUGACGUACUGGUGCCUGGUUUUGCCUCGCGCAAGCUCGGCCAGAUCCCGUGUGAAGACGUUUCCAUUCGGUUUCCCAUACCGGAGUGUUGGAUAUACUUGUUCCGGGUGGAGAAGCACUUCAGAUAUGGCUCAGUAAAAUCUGCUCAUCGUCGUACGGGUAAAAUCAAAGGAAUCGAGCGAUUCCUGGGCACGGUGGAAACGCUGCAGGAAUCUUUGAUCGAGGUAACCUCCGGGCAGGCUAAAUACGAGCACCAUCAUCGAGCAAUCGUGUGGAGAUGUCCCCGUUUGCCGAAGGAGGGCCAGGGCGCUUACACAACCCAUCAACUCGUGUGUCGGAUGGCUUUGACUAGCUUCGACCAGAUUCCGGAGCAACUGGCUCCGUAUGCCUACGUGGAGUUUACCAUGCCGGCAACGCAGGUUUCGCACACGACCGUCCGAUCGAUUAGUGUGCAAGAGUCGGACAGUGAUGAACCACCGGAAAAGUACGUGCGGUAUCUAGCUCGACACGAAUACAGGGUCGGCAUCGAACACACGACGGGAGAAUCGGUAAACGCUUACCUGGCAGCCACGGCCGUUACCAAGCAACCGAUUCAGGAAGAACAACCAAUGGCUACUACGCCAAUCGCUCCCAGCGAUUCUGACUCGGAUUCAAAUUAAGCUCCUCCUCAUCCUCUUCAUCUAGCCGUGCGUCGUCCGAAUCCUAAGCAAUAAUCCGACUUCGAAUUACGCAAAUUUUUGUGGCAUUAAGCUUCGACAGGUAUCCGUUCGCGGAAAAUAUCAACCUUAUCUUCGGAAUAAAAUCAAAGCUCAACAGAACAUGGCCUCUGUCGAAGGUGAAACGACGAAACGCGAGGUUGAGCAAAAAGCCACAUACAUCAAAUAACUUGAGCAAAUAGUUAUGUUAGUUUGACAAUAAAUUAUGUAUUUAUCACGCAAAUCUAAGAAAACCAAGUAACGAAAAGUAUUACAAGAUUGUAAAUCAAUUUCUAUUUCUGUUCGAAGGAUAAGUUUGCUGGUUUCUUCGUUAGAAAUUUUGCGAAAAAUGAAUCAUUAGAUUUUACGUGCCUGUACAGAAUAAAUUUAGUUGUCAUUUGACGCUAUCAGUUACGCAGCAAUUUCCUAUCACAUAGUAGCCGAGUAAACAAUUUCUGCAGUAAUCAUAAAACAAUACAAAUGUAUGUUAAUCUUGUGAUGGCGCUGAUGUUAUAGAAAGAAAAAAAACCCAAAUAAUACUCGUUGCAAUAGUUCUUAACAAAUAUAACUAAACCAUUUCGGCAUUGUAUUAGGGCAAAGCAGAUCAAAAUUUCGUUAGGUCUUAAACAAUUAAAACCCUGCUUUUGGUAUCACACAUAUCAUAGUAGUCGUUUUGUUUAUUUAAAAUAUUCUUCAUUAUGAUCUCCUUUGAUGAUGCGUGAGAAUUAUCGCGAGUGAGUAAAAAGUAGUAGGCGAUGACGAUGGAAUGAAAUGCUUUUUUGAAACUUCAUUGGAAAAAAAUGAUUUAGCUUACUAACCAACAUUCGAUUUGUUUAUUCUAGAAAUAUCUAACUAAAGCGAUAAAUUAUGAAAUCUACUAGCUUACGGGACAAAAAUAAAAAAAUGAAAAUAAAAGAGACACGCGUUACAAUUCACAGUGCAUGUGUUGUAAAAUGAAAAUAUUAUAAUAAACAAGUAGCGAUAGCUGUAGCGGAACAGGAGAGUAUAAAUGGGUCAGAUUUUGUUGGCUAAUUUACUGAUUACGUGUAAAACCAUUAUAAAUCGAUAGAAGUUUAAACUUAAAUAAUAUUGAAAACAGAAAUAUGUCACAGGUUAUGCGGUAUGAAUAUACACUAUAAAUAUUGAAGAAAAGAUUAAUCGUUAUGUAUACAUAAUAAAGCAGAACAAAAAUAAUCAAAUGAUGAAACGACUAGCAACCGAUGUAAAGCUUGUGAUUGAAGCUGAACCCCGACAAAACAUGUUAAAGACAAGAAAUAUACGCGUAAAGCUAAUAAAAACAAAAUAUACUGAUGAAAUAAAUUUGAUCCAAAGAAACAAACAAAAUGACAAAUAUUGCUGAUACUAUACCUUAUAUAUAUAUAUAUUACUUGGGAAUGAUUGAAAAUGAAGAUGGAAAAUCA